CAAAGAGGUGAUCCUGAAAACCCCAGCCUUUUCCAGGAUGGAGACAUUAUUUUGGGGGGAAUCUUCUCUUUUCAUACCAGCUGGAAAGUUAGCCAAGAUACCUACACGCACAAACCACGGCCACUGCAAUGCAACAGAGAGUUCCAGUUCGCCCAGACGAUGCUUUUCGCCAUCGAGGAAAUAAAUAACAGUACAGACUUGUUGCCAGGGAUCUCUCUGGGCUACAAGUUAUAUGAUAGCUGUGGUUCUAUUGCCAGAAGUACAAGAGCUGCACUCGCACUGGCAAAUGGGAAUGAAAUUGCUUAUACGCCCUCUGAAGCACCCUGUGUCUCACCUGCACAAGUACAGGCCAUCGUGGGGGAAACCUCCUCAUCUCCCAGCACAGCUAUAGCGACUGUCAUUGGACCUUUAAAUAUACCAAUGAUCAGCCACUUUGCCACAUGUGCUUGUCUCAGUGAUAAAACAAAAUACCCAUCCUUUCUCAGAACCAUACCCAGCGACUACCACCAGAGCAGAGCCCUGGCUCAUUUGGUCAAACACUUUGGAUGGACUUGGGUCGGAGCGAUUAGAACCAAUGAUGAUUAUGGCAAUAAUGGCAUGGCUACUUUCACUGAAACGGCACAGCAGCUGGGAAUCUGUCUGGAAUACUCUGUUCCGUUUUACAGAACAGAUUCAGAAGAUAAAAUUGAAAAGAUAAUAGGUAUAAUAAAAUCCUCAACUUCAAAGGUAAUUGUUGCCUUCCUUUCACAUAAAGAUAUGGAUGUGUUGAUUCCUGAGUUAUCCCAAUACAACCUGACUGGAUACCAGUGGGUUGGCAGUGAAUCAUGGAUCGUUGACUCUCAAACUGCAGCAAUUGAUAAGCAACAUAUUCUGGAUGGGGCUAUAGGACUUUCCAUCCCCAAAGCGCAUGUCACCGGCCUGAAAGAGUUCAUGUUGGAUGUAAAGCCUCUAAAUGUAUCAGGCAGUGAAAUGUUCACAGAGUUCUGGGAGACAUUAUUCAACUGCAGGCUUAAGCAGUCAGAGUCAUCAGCAGGAGCUGACAGAGAGUGUACCGGACAUGAAGAUCUGACUGGAGUUCAAAACAGCUUCACUGAUAUGUCUCUGAUGCCCAUUUUCAACAAUGUCUAUAAAGGAGUGUAUGCUGUGGCUCAUGCACUUCAUAAAAUACUCAGCUGUAAAAAGACAUGUAACAACACAGUGAAACUAGAGCCAUUCACGAUUUUACAGCAAAUAAGGAAGACCAAUUUCAAAACAAAGGAAGGAGAUGAAGUUUACUUUAAUGUGAAUGGAGAUCCGCCUGCAAAGUAUGAAAUUGUUAACUGGCAACCAAGAGAAAAUAAUAUUGUGGACUUUGUUCAAGUUGGUCUUUAUGACACAACUGUACCUGCUGGCAAACAGCUAAACUGGCAAAACAAAUCUUUAAUUUGGGCACAAAACUCCCUUGAGGUGCCGGUGUCUGUUUGCAGUGAAAAGUGUCCUCCAGGAACACGGAAAGUUCUCCAGAAAGGGAAACCUGUCUGCUGCUACGACUGUGUUCAGUGUGCUGAAGGCGAAAUCAGCAAUAACACAGACUCUAUUAACUGUGUGAGAUGUCACCCUGAGUUCUGGCCAAAUGAGAGAAGAGAUGCCUGCAUAAAGAAGGAGGCUGUGUUUCUAUCAUAUGAAGAGAUUAUGGGCGCCCUGCUCACUGCAGCAUCUUUAUUUGGAACGUGCAUGACUGCUGUUGUGGCUUUCAUUUUCUUCAGAUACAGAAAAACUCCCAUAGUCAGGGCCAACAACUCAGAGCUGAGCUUCCUGCUGCUCUUCUCUUUGACUCUGUGCUUCCUGUGCUCUCUGACCUUCAUCGGCCGGCCCUCCGAGUGGUCCUGCAUGCUGAGACACACGGCGUUUGGCAUCACCUUCGUCCUCUGUAUCUCCUGUGUGCUGGGGAAGACUAUGGUGGUGUUGAUGGCCUUCAGGUCCACACUCCCAGGCAGUAAUGUGAUGAAAUGGUUUGGGCCUGCACAGCAGAGACUCAGCGUCCUGGGUUUCACUCUGAUACAAGUGAUCAUAUGUGUCCUCUGGUUAACAAUUUCUCCUCCUUUCCCUUUUAAGAAUUUUAAGGAACUCAAAGACAAAAUAAUCUUGGAGUGUGCUCUGGGCUCACCUGUAGGUUUCUGGGCUGUUCUCGGCUACAUUGGACUUUUGGCCAUUUUGUGCUUCAUCUUUGCUUUCCUGGCUCGGAAACUGCCUGAUAAUUUCAAUGAAGCCAAAUUCAUCACCUUCAGCAUGCUGAUAUUCUGUGCAGUGUGGAUCACCUUCAUCCCGGCUUAUGUCAGCUCUCCUGGGAAGUUCAGUGUUGCUGUAGAGAUUUUUGCUAUUCUGGCUUCCAGCUAUGGACUGCUGAUUUGUAUCUUCUUUCCAAAAUGUUACGUGAUCUUACUGAAACCAGAGAAGAACACAAAAAAGAAUGUGAUGGGGAAGGGGGCACGUGCAGCAUCACCCUGA